CAUGACCUCCAACAUGAGUGUGUCUGGAAAACAGGACUUAAAGAAAGACAAGAGAAUGAUGGAGGGAAAGAGAUCAGACUCACCAGAACCCAGCUGUGUGUCCAUGAAGAGUGACUGGUCAAUGGAACUUCCAGUUACCUUCAGAGACAGAGACAGAUCUACUGAUGUGAGACCACAAAAAUCAAACAUCAGCACAAAUCAGCUGGACUCUAUAUUCAAGGAGCUGGAACACAAAGUCAUCACUCUGAUAAAGAAUGAGCUGAAGAGGUUUAGGAAGAUCCUGAGUCCAGAUUACCCAGCAUGCACUGAGAGGGAGGUGGAGGAUGAGGAGGAUCUGCUCAGUGUCAGAGACGGAGCGCUGAAGAUCACACUGCACGUCCUGAAGAACAUGAACCACACAGAUCUCGCUAACACACUGCACAACAAACUCGCCUCUGUGUAUCAGCCAAAGUUAAAGUCCAAUCUGAGAGAGAAGUUUAAAAGAAUUAAUGAAGGAAUCUCACAGCAUGGAAGCUCAACACUUCUGAAUGAGAUAUACACAGAGCUCUAUAUCACAGAGGGUUGGAGUGGAGACGUCAAUAAUGAACAUGAGGUGAGACAGAUUGAGGCAGCGUCCAGGAGACCAGCAACACAGGAGAAACCCAUCAAAUGUAAUGAGCUCUUUAAAGACAAGUCCAUCAGAACUGUGCUGACUAAAGGAGUUGCUGGAAUUGGAAAAACAGUCUCUGUGCAGAAGUUCAUCCUGGACUGGGCUGAAGGAGAAGUAAAUCAGGACGUCACCUUCAUGUUCCCACUUCCCUUUAGAGAGCUGAAUCUGAUGAAGCAGCAAAAUCUCAGUCUGAUGAAACUUCUUCAUCACUUUUUCCCAGAAAUAAGAAAACUAGAAUCAAUAGACUGUGACUCCUACAAAGUGGUGUUGAUCUUUGAUGGUCUGGAUGAGUGUCGACUUCCUCUAAAUUUCCAGAAGAAUGAGAGAGUGUGUGAUGUGACAGAGUCAGCCUCAGUGGAUGUGCUGCUGAUAAACCUCAUCAAGGGGAAUCUGCUUCCCUCUGCUCUCCUCUGGAUUACCACAAGACCAGGAGCAGCCAAUCAGAUCCCUCUCAAGUGUGUAGACCAGGCAACAGAGGUACGAGGCUUCAGUGAUCCUCAGAAAGAGGAGUACUUCAGGAAGAGGAUCAGUGACCAGAGCCUGGCCAAAAAAAUCAUCACACACCUGAAGUCUUCAAGGAGCCUCCACAUCAUGUGCCACAUCCCAGUCUUCUGCUGGAUCUCAGCCACUGUUCUAGAGAGAAUGUUGGGUGAAGCAGAGGGUGGAGGGAUCCCCAAGACUCUGACUGAAAUGUUCACACACUUCCUGAUCUUUCAGAUCAAACACAAGGACCAAAAGUACCAUCAGAAAUGUGACCCUGAUCCUCAGCAGACCAGAGAGAGUAUCAUGGCACUGGGAAAACUGGCUUUCCAGCAGCUGGAGAAAGGAAACCUGAUCUUCUAUGAGGAAGACCUGAGGGAGUGUGGCAUUGAUGUCAGAGAAGUGUCAGUGUACUCAGGAGUGUGUACCCAGAUCUUCAGAGAGGAGUUUGGGCUUCACCUGGGGAAGGUGUUCAGCUUUAUACAUCUGAGUGUUCAGGAGUUUCUUGCUGCUUUUUAUGUAUUUUUCUAUUUUAUUUUAAGAAAUACAAAUGUGCUUGUGGAGCAAAGCACCGGACUUUUUAAUUCCUUCAGAAAUCCAAACUUCUCUGAUCUCCUCAGGAGUGCAGUGGACAAGGCCUUACAGAGUGAGAAUGGACACCUGGACCUGUUCCUCCGCUUCCUUCUGGGUCUCUCACUGGAGUCCAAUCAAACUCUUUUACGAGACUUAAUGCCACAGACAGGAAGCAGGUCUCACAGCAAACAGGAAACCGUGAAGUACAUCAAGGAGAAGAUCAGGGAGAAUCCAUCUCCAGAGAAAUCCAUCAAUCUGUUCCACUGUCUGAAUGAACUGAAUGAUCAUUCUCUAGCUCAGGAAGUACAAACUUACCUGAACAGAAGAGGUAACAGUCCUCUCAGUGGAACCAGACUCUCUCCUGCUCAGUGUUCAGCUCUGGGGUUUGUGUUACUGAACUCAGAACAGGAGCUGGAUGAGUUUAUUUUGAGGGAAUAUGCUCUGUCGCAUGAAUGUCUUCUUAGGCUGCUGCCAGUGGUCAAAGCCUCCAGAAAAUCUGAGCUGUUUCAGUGUAAUCUGACAGAGGAAAGCUGUAGAGUUCUGUCCUCAGUUCUCAGCUCAAACUCCUCCAGUCUAAGAGAACUGGACCUGAGUCACAAUAAACUGCAAGAUUUAGGAGUGAAGCUGGUCUCUGAUGGACUGAAUGAUCCACACUGUACACUGCAAAAACUGAGUCUGUGUCGGUGUAAUCUGACAGAGGAAAGCUGUAGAGUUCUGUCCUCAGUUCGAUGUAUCAGGUCCAAAGACUGGUUUGUGACGAUUGACCUCGAGGACGCUUAUUUUCACAUGAGCAUAGGAGGCCUCUAUGUUGCCGAGGCACGGAGGGUGCUUGGCCUCAUGUCAGAAGCAGCCAACAUUAUCCCUUUGGGUCUGCUUCACAUGAGGCCAUUCCAGCUCUGCCUCAGGGGUGCGGGAUUCCAUCCUCGCAGACAUCCCCUCAGGGUUAUAAAGGGGUACGUGCUGUGGGCGUCGUACCCUUCUUAUGUGGAAAAGAACCCGGUUCCUGGCCAUCGCAGGACUCUUUCGAAGGAUGCCUCACUUUCGGGCUGGGGAGCGGCCUUGGACGGCCAUCCUGCCCAGGGUCUAUGGGUGGGCCCCUAUGUCUCAUGGCACAUAAACCUCCUGGAGAUGAGGGCUGUGUUUCUAACACUUUCUUCCACACCUCAGGGGCUGACAUGUCUUAGUAUGGACAGCCAGCGCUGUGGUGGUUCCCUGUAUCAGUCAUCAGGUCGGUCUGCAUUUGCGCCCCGUUUCAGGUGGCUAAGGACUUCUUGCAGAAUGCACCUUCCUUCCUGGGACUUCUUUGUGGUCAUGGAGGGGCUGCUGGAGUUUCUGACCCUGAAGGUGGCUCUGCUGCUAGCCUUGGCCUCUCUCAAAAGAAUGAAGGAUUUGCAGGCCUUGUCAAUAGCCCACUGCCUGCCUAGAAGUAUUCCCCUGGCAUUUCCAAGACUGUUCUGCACCCCAGGGCAGGAGAUGUCGCUAAGGUGCCCAAGACAGCUGGCUGUUUAG